CUGCAGUCAUCCCCUGUACCGUGUCCGCAGUCUCCGCAGUCAUCCCCUGUACCGUGUCCGCAGUCUCAGUCAUCCCCUGUAACGUGUCCGCAGUCUCUGGUCAUCCCCUGUACGUGUCCGCAGUCUCUGGUCAUCCCCUGUAACGUGUCCGCAGUCUGUCAUCCCUGUACUGUGUCCGCAGUCUCUGGUCAUCCCUGUACCGUGUCCGCAGUCUCUGGUCAUCCCUGUACGUGUCCGCAGUCUCUGGUCAUCUCCUGUACUGUGUCCGCAGUCCUGGUCAUCUCCUGUACUGUGUCCGCAGUCUGGUCAUCUCCUUACUGUUCAGAAUCCAUUGUUCAGAAUAUUUUUUUCCUGUUUUCACCCUCU